CAGCAAUCUCAGGAACUUGUUAUUCAGGUGUCUAGACGUUGCUGUUGAGCUACUGCGCUUUGGCCGCUCUUUCAGUGUUUUGAAAUAUUUUUAUCAUGGCAUCCAUUCUUGAUUUGUCUGCAUCUUCUGAUAGCGAAGAUGAUGUUGAUUAUGUCCCUCCUACUAAUGCAGCUGCUAGUGAUUCUUCUUUCGACGAGGAAGAUGUAAGUGAGGAUGAGGGCUUCAAUUCCGGUGAGUUGAUCGACAAAAAACCGAAGGCAACUAAGAAAGAACAGCCAGCUGAAGCUGACAAAGAAGCCGAAAUAAAAUCGGGUUCUCCUGCUCAAGUUGAUGAAAAGCAGCGUGCCAAGGAUUUGUGGGAAAGCUUUUUAAGUGAUGUGGAAUCAAUUAUUCCAAAGAAAUCCAAUCCCGCUGUGUGCAAUGGUAGUACCACAGCUGAAAUCCAAAACGGAAGUGAAGUUAAAGAUACCAAAAUUGAAGCUAAACCCAUGCCGAAAGUAUUUGAAUUUGCUGGAGAAACUGUCACUGUUGAUAAAGAUUUAAAUUCCUGUGAUUCAACUGCGGAAAAAAAUAAUUCGGCGCCCAUCCCAACGGCAAAACCACUUGGCAUGCCUAAGAAACGGGGUAUUGAAUCUGUUCUUGGUGCCAUUAUGAAUAAAAAUAAAAAGCUGACUGUGCUGGAAAAAACUGUUAUUGAUUGGAAAACGUUCAAGAAGGAUGAAGGGCUUGACAACGAUUUAGAAAAAUUUAAUAAAGGUAAACAAGGCUUUAUUGAACGGCAGAGAUUCCUUGAAAGAUCUGACCUGAGAUCCUUUGAAGUGGAGAAGUCUAUGAGGCAAACGCUACGAAAGAAGUAAAUUCUGCUUCAAAUUAACAUAAUCAUUUCAUUUCUGAAUCUGAAAAUAUCAUUUCUACAUUAUUAGUCUAAAUUCUUCAAUCACUGUCAGUGUAUGAAUACUAUGUAUUCAAUAUUAAUUAUUUGUGAAAUGUCAUCAUUUUCUUUAUUUACUUGAAUGGAGAUUUUCUUAAUAAAAGUUUGGUGAUGAA